AUGUCGAGUCUAAAAAAUGAAGUGGUUAAAUUUUGCGAGAUAUUACGAAUUCCCGUUUAUUCUGGAUCUACAACAGCGGAUGCCUUUAACAUUCAAGCAGAAGCGACAUUUGAAGAAUUGCAGAAAUUAAUCAGGAAUACAUCAGCUUCUUCCGAUUCAGAUAACAAAUUAGAUGAUGAUGAUUUAAUGCAAAUAAUUGUAACAUGUGCAACGUUUAUAGGAGAAGAAUUAUGGACAAAUCCUAAUUUAAAUAAAAAUGCAAUUGCGACGAUCGAAUUGUUGAUUACCAUUCAACCAGAUCGGUUUCCAACUGUGACGCGUAUGAUCCAAACGUUUGUACCAAAAAUACUCGAAAAAUACGUAAAACCAACGUUUAUAAAGUAUCCUGUGAAUGUUGAUCAAAGAAGAAAUGGAAAAUCGAAAAGAAAUACGGUUGAUUUUGAUAGUGCGAAUGAAUCAUGGAGAGGAGAAAAUUCAGAGAUUGAGAAAACUAUUGGACUUAUUAUCCCUCCAACUUUAUCACUUAUUGAUGAUUAUAAUGUGGAUUUCAAGACACGAGGUGUUUCCAUAUUGGAUCAUCUAUUAAAAAAAUUAAAACCAAAUAUUAUACAUCAAACAGGAUUGGGAGAUGUUUUUCACGAAGCAUUGAGUAAAUGUUUAACUUAUCAAAGUGAAACAUCACACGUUUCUUUAUUACGUCAAAGCUUUUCGGCCAUAAUUUCAUUGAUUUCUUUAACUGAACGGACAAACUCUGAAACACGAUAUAUUAAAUAUGAACAAAUUUUAUCUAAUAAUGUAGUAAAAGGGUUCAUUUUUUCAGGAGAUAAAAUUGUGAUUCGCAUUAUAUUAUUACAACAAAUUCCUAAACUUGCUGAAGAAUUAGGAAUUGUUACAGUUAAAUAUUUACAAGAAUUAAUACAUGUAAUAUGCGAUUCUUUAGAGUUCCCUCUUGAAUUUACCAACAAAGAACAAAUGUUAGAAUUACAUUUUGAAGCAGCAAAAGGAUUAGAAAAGAUCAUCGGUGUAUGUUGGCCUAG